AGGAUUCGGUCAUCGCGAGUGUUUUACAGACGAACAUUUCGCCCAACACAGUUCAUAGUCGAACCAUAUCUCAUCAUAAUUUUGUUGUUGUUUUUGUACUUUGAAUAACUUUAUUAUCGUGAUUACCUUUAUUUUGAUGGUUAGCAAAUAAACUUUCUGUCCGCGUUGUGAUUUGACGUGUUUGUGCUGUCUAAAACUUGUUUCCAAUAAUAAUUGCGCACAACGAGCGUACAUGAUCCACCGGAUAUGGUCAUAGAUAGUGUGUGACGAAAAAAAAUGGAAAACAAAAAGGAAAUUUUAACAGAGCGCAAUGUUAUCGUUGAAGUACUGGAACAUUACAGAAAACUGCCAUAUUUAUGGAAUCCCACGCACAAAUUAUACACUAAUAAAAAUGCUCGCCGACAAGGAUUACAAAUAAUGUUAACAAGUUGGCGAAAAUUAGAGCCAAAUGCUUCAAUAGAAUGCAUAAGAAAGAAGUUAAAUAAUUGGAGAGCGGCGUACAGGAGAGAAAGAAAGAAGGUGGAGGACAGUAUGAGCACUGCUUCCGAGCCUGAUGAGAUCCACAAACCUAACCUUUGGUAUUACAACUAUUUGACGUUUAUCCACGACGAUUGUCCGGUACUUAGUAAGGACAGUGAUGAUGAACAUGAGAUAGGGAACUUUAGCCAGGAUGGUAAUGACAAUGACGAUCGUGAUAAUGGUGUUGAUGAAGAAGGCGAUGAUGCCGAUGAUGAUGUCAGUGAAGGAGAUGACGACACAGAAGAGGAACCCGAGAAAAAGCCUCGGAUAUCAGCGAAAAGAAACAACAAAGAUAGACUGCCGAAACACGACCAACAAGUUGAACCAGACCAAGUGUUCCCUAUAAACGAUGAAAGUUCAGCGGAUCUUUACGGGCGCGCCAUAGGGUCCCAGUUGAAAGAAUUGUCCAAAUUCCAAAGGUGUCUAGCCGAAAAGUUAAUAUCAGAAAUAAUGUUUUAUGCGAAAUUAGACCAGUUAACGAUAGGUACUUCUAUAACUCUGGAACCGCCUGAUACUUAAGUUAUUUUAUUGUACGUAGGUACCUAAUAUAAUAAAUAAAACAUAUGUUUAACUAA